AUGGCCAAAGAAGAAAUGAAUAAAGACCUGCCAGCAGAAAUUCAUGAGUAUUUAUCAGCAUUUCAGAAUUCCAUUGGUGCUGUGGAUGACAGGCUGGCGACCAUGAUGUCUAUUUCUGGAAAUGAGCUGUUGCAGAAGUUGGAUCCACUUGAACAAGCAAAAGUAGAUUUAGUUUCUGCUUACAUGCUAAAUUCAAUGUUUUGGGUUUGUUUGGCAACUCAUGGGGUUAAUCCCAAGGAACAUCCGGUAAAGCGAGAAUUGGAAAGAAUCAGAGUGUACAUGAACAGAGUCAAGGAAAUGACAGACAAGGGGAAGGCUGCCAAGCUGGACAGAUGUGCAGCUUCCAGAUUUAUAAAAAAUGCCUGCUGGGAACCAAAACCUGAAAAUGCAGCCAAAGUUGCCUGUAAAGGAAAAAGUAAAAAUUACCUUUUGGUUUUGAUGUACACAUGUUCAAAAACAGAAGCAAAAAGCAGUGGUUCUCAGAAGCAGUGGUUCUCUAGAUGUGGUCCUGGGAUUAGCAGCAAGGGUAGCAUCUGGGAAGUUGUUAGAAAUGCAAAUUCUUGGCCCCACCCCAUACUUACUGCAUUAGAAGCUUUGCUGGAGGAGCCCAGCAACCGUGUUUUAACAAGCCCUGCCAAUGCAUCUGCUGCAUGCUGA